AUGGUGUGCAUGGCUUAUGCAUUUAAGAUUUUGUGUUUGUUUCUCUUGUUCAUCGCCGUUGCAAGUCGUCCGACAGUUAAACCAAAAGUUUUCAACGUCCGACGCCAUGGUUCGAAACCAGACGGAAAAACUGAUAAUGCCAAUGCAUUCACAAGUAUAUGGAGUCGUGCAUGUGGAAGGAGAAGUGGAAGUAGUAAAAUUUACGUACCGAAAGGAACAUUCUACCUCGGCGGUGUAGAGUUCGUGGGUCCAUGCAAAAACCCUAUUGAAAUUGUUAUCGAUGGAACUUUAUUGGCUCCUGCAAACCCUAGAGACAUUAAGCAAGACACAUGGAUUAACUUUAGGUACAUCAAUGAUCUCUCUAUCUCUGGUUCUGGUCUACUUGACGGCCAAGGGCAACAGUCUUGGCCUCUCAAUGACUGCCACAAAAACCCCAAUUGUCCUAAACUAGCUAUGACAAUGGGAUUUGCAUUCGUGAACAACUCAAAUAUCAAAGACAUAACAUCACUCAACAGCAAGAUGGGACACUUCAAUUUUUUCUCUGUCCAUCACUUUAACAUUACCGGAGUCACUAUAACAGCUCCCGCCGAUAGUCCUAACACCGACGGUAUCAAGAUGGGUUCUUGUAGCAACAUUCACAUCUCCAAGACAAACAUCGGUACUGGAGAUGAUUGUAUUGCCAUUCUCUCAGGAACCACUAACCUCGAUAUCUCUAACGUCAAGUGCGGUCCUGGACAUGGGAUCAGUGUUGGAAGCUUAGGAAAGAACAAAGACGAGAAAAAUGUGAAAGACUUAACAGUAAGAGACAUCGUUUUCAACGGCACAAGUGAUGGUAUUCGAAUCAAGACUUGGGAAUCUUCGGCUUCGAAGAUUCUUGUUUCUAACUUCGUGUACGAGAAUAUUCAAAUGAUUGACGUUGGAAACCCUAUCAACAUCGAUCAGAAAUAUUGUCCUCAUCCACCUUGUGAACAUGAGAAAAAGGGAGAGUCUCACGUUCAGAUUCAGGAUCUUAAGUUAAAGAACAUAUAUGGAACAUCGAAGAACAAAGUGGCAGUGAAUUUGCAAUGUAGCAAGAGCUUUCCAUGCAAAAAUGUUGAGCUAAUUGACAUUAACUUAAAGCAUAACGGGAUUAAAGGUGGUCCUUCUACUGCGGUGUGCGAAAAUGUUGACGGUUCCGUAAGUGGUAAGAUGGUUCCUCAACAUUGUCUGAAUUGA